GCGCAGGCUGUCACCUCCCCUCCGUCGAGCUGUCAGUUGACAGCAGCACACAUGAACCUCAGUGCUGCAGACGGAGUUGACACCCGUUGAUUUUACGACUAAAUAACUGCUCCUCGGCGUUUUAAUUCAGACGGAGCAAAAACAUGACAGGAAACACCCCUGUCAUCUCUACGGACUGAUCACAAGCGCGUAGGAGGAGGGCUGAGCCGCUUGCUAGUUGUGAGCUGCUAUCUAAUGUUAAUAGUUAGCUUGCAUGCUAAUGGUAGCUAGCUGGUGAACGGAGUCCGGUUCUGCUUUGUGCCGUCACGUUAGGUAGCUGGCUCACUAGCGAAGGUCGGAGGGACUAACGUUAGCUAGCUGGUAGUCAAGAGCGUUUAUUAGUUAUCCAGCAUCCUUAAUGUGUCAUUUAUAAUUUGUUUUAAGGCUGCAUAAUACGUUGUGUGUUAUUUGUGACGGAGCUUGACAUUACUGUUUUAUACGUUUAUUAAUUUUACUGAAUUUAUCGUUGAUGUUUGCUAGCUAGCGAGCUACUCGGCUAUGCUAACGCCAGCUCAGUGAGACCUCACAUCGCAGGGCUGCGGAGAGCUCCAGACUAGUCAAGGAAGGAAGAGAGGUGACUUAUGAUGUGGGCUGAGGGAAGCGGCGGACUGUUAGGCGAAGGAGAGCAGCAGUAUUAGCUUUACACAUCGCAUUGUCUCAUAUCAUUCCUUGUCGAGGUAACGUUAGGAACAUAGCGUCAGCCAAGCUGUGUGGGACAGUUGGAUGAAGAAAAUAAUUUGGACACUUUGAUUUGCGAGCUGGCUAAAUGAGUAGUAUUAGUAUUACUGAGUCGUGAGCUAGUGGCCACUGUGCCAGCUUUAAGGGAAGACACCCUGUCAAGAUUAUCGCACAGACUGCAAUAACCAGCCAGUUUGCUUAAAGAUGGCUUCGGCGAGCAGCAUUGCCGCAGCUAUUGCGAGCAAAACGAAGACCAAGAAAAAACACUUCGUUGCUCAGAAAGUGAAGCUCUUCCGUGCCAGCGACCCUCUGCUCAGCGUGCUUAUGUGGGGAGUCAACCAUUCGAUAAAUGAGUUAAGCCAUGUUCAGAUUCCCAUCAUGCUCAUGCCAGACGACUUCAAGGCCUAUUCUAAGAUCAAAGUGGACAACCACCUCUUCAACAAGGAGAACAUGCCCAGCCAUUUCAAGUUCAAGGAGUACUGCCCUCUGGUGUUUCGAAACCUCAGGGAGAGGUUUGGCAUUGAUGAUCAGGACUUCUUGAACUCUCUGACACGCAGUGCUCCCUUGAACAGUGAGGCCCAGGGACGGAGCGGGGCCCGCUUCCAUACCUCUUAUGACAAACGCUACGUCAUCAAGACCAUCAGUAGCGAGGAUGUUGCGGAGAUGCAUAACAUUCUGAAGAAAUAUCAUCAGUUCAUCGUGGAGUGCCAUGGCAACACACUGCUGCCUCAGUUUCUGGGGAUUUACCGGCUCACCGUGGAUGGAGAUGAGACCUACAUGAUUGUUACACGCAAUGUCUUCUCUCACCGCCUUUCCGUCUACAAAAAAUAUGAUCUCAAGGGUUCCACUGUGGCAAGAGAGGCCAGCGACAAGGAGAAGCAGCCGCCCCAACCAGAGGAUGUGCCCCCGCGGCCCAAAUCUGGUAACGUUCAGCAAAGGCUGCAAACACUGCGGAUUGCCACGCGCUUUUACUGCGCCAUGAAACACGUAAGAGAUGCCAAGGAGCUGCCAACCUACAAGGACAAUGACUUCAUCAAUGAUGGGCAGAAGAUCUACAUUGACGGGGAGAACAAGAAAAUGUUCCUGGAGAAGCUUAGGAAAGAUGUGGAGUUCCUGGCCCAGCUGAAGCUCAUGGACUACAGUCUGCUGGUGGGGAUCCACGAUGUGGAGCGAGCCGAGCAGGAAGAGGUGGAGAGCGAGGACAAUGAGGCCGAGGAGGAAGGCGAGAGUGACGGAGGGGGCAUUGGAACGCCUCCCGACAGCCCCAGCAACACCCUUGACAGCACUAAGCAUCUGUCACCUGGAGAGUUUGAUCCCGCUAUUGACGUCUACGCCAUCAAAAGCAACGAUAGUGCUCCCAGGAAGGAAGUUUACUUCAUGGCUAUCAUAGACAUCCUGCAGCAUUACGAUGCCAAGAAGAAAGCGGCUCACGCCGCCAAGACUGUCAAACAUGGGGCCGGAGCGGAGAUCUCCACGGUCAACCCAGAGCAGUACUCAAAGAGGUUUCACGAUUUCAUCACCACUAUUCUGUCAUAGCCUCCAGGAGCGACAGGGGGCACAGAGGCACAUGGGAAAGGGAGGGCAAGUGGGGAGUAGUGCGGGGAAGAGAAGUGACGGAGAGAAAAGCCAUCGAGAGGCUGAAUUUAUAAGGUGCUCAGAUGGCUUUGUAUCACUCUCCUUCAUGCUUUCUCCUCAUCCCUGCCUGUUUGUUUCUUCUCUCUUUCAGUGGAGUGCCACGCUCUGCAGCUAUAAAAAAACAUCAUUCGUUUACAUUUAACCUCUCCUCUGUUGACUUUUGUUCAUGUGUUACUUUGAGUAAUAAGGGUGUUGAAAGCAAGCGUCCAAGUCAUUUUUUUUUGUAUAUUUGUUUUUGUCUGUAUCGUUUAUGUGGGAACAUCCAGCACCCUGCAUUUUUUUUUAUUUUGAUGUUUGUAUUUGUCUUCCCCCUGUGAUGUUUAGGGGGAGGUAAGCGCGAGGGUAUGAUGUGUAUAGUGUGAGGUCAAGGGGAGUGCACAGGUCAGAUUACGGCACAAGGUGAGGUCCCUCUUGCAAAGGGAAGGCUUAAGCGGGUUGUAACGAGGAAGUUCACGUGGAGCCUCGCCUAAUGCAAUUGCUUUAUUUCAGGAAGUGGGAAGCAGUCUUCCAAUAGGCCCACAGCCAGAUCCCCUGCCAAACAAAUUCCAUCCCAUUGGGGUUCCUCCUGCGACACUCACCCUUUAGACGCCACCCCAACCCCACCCGUUCCUUUGUGUACAGUUCAUGAAUUGAGCUUCUGGGUUAUCCUCUUGCCACGCACUCACAACAAACACGUCUCAUUAGCUGAGAUGAGUUCACUUGUUGCAGUAAGUUAUGAUGCUUUGUUUCCAGCCUAGUUGCACCUCAGUGGUUGUCAGUGCUUUAUCCCUUUCGCUUUGUUGUGAUGCACAGUGAUUUAAGAAUGAUUAAGGGAAGGAUAUGUACCUUUUUUAAAUGAGAAGAAGAGGGAUUUGAGCACACAGUAAGUGUUGUUUACUUGCAUUCCCUCUGAAUACGUUUGGGCAUUGUAAUGUAGGCCUGGUUUCUGUUCCUGUGGCAGGGAAUGACCCAGAAGUCUUGUGUGGCUGUAGUGAUUAAGAGUUAUGUCUUUAUAUAGGGUGUCCGAUUGAAACAUAAACUGCCCUUAACUUACUGUUGCCAUCAGCACCUUAUGAGUAAAUCAAAAAUGUUGCACUUUUAUUUGUUAUUAGAGGUUAGGAGCUCUUGUUCUGUUACAUGCGCUGCAACAAAGAGGAAAAGGAACUCUGCUCUCUUAGAAUGAAAUCUUUAGGGGCCUGAUCUCAAAUCCCGUCUCCUCCACAAUGUUCUCACCCAUGGCUACUUCUUACCGUAGGGAUUGGUUGGGAAGACUUUAUUGCAAUAUUAGACGGGAAAGUGGACAAGUAAACUAACCUUUCCAAUCUUUUUUAGAAGUGGUCUGUGGUGUUGUGGUGGUGGGUUUUGGUGCCAGGUAACAGUGUGACUGUGCUUGUGCGUUCAGGGCAGACAGAAGUCUGUUUACCUCCAGCAUCGUACCAGCACACACUCAAUGAUGGCGAAACAAUGUGUGUGUCAGUGUUCAAAAGUUAUAAGGGGGGGUGGGGUGGGGGGGAGGUUGGGAAGAGUAGCUGCAGAUGUAAAGACACGUGUUGUUAAGACAUUAACACCAACAGCAACGGCCUCUUCUCUAACAUCGGCUGUGAGUCUGUUAUUCAUCGUUGUUUGUGUUGUUAUUGUUGACAUUUUUAAAGGUGGUUUAUCUGUGUUUGAAUUUGGCGGUUUUAUGAAUUGAUGUGGUAAUAAUUCUUUUGUUCCUGUUUGAGUAUUUUUUUAAUUUUUUUUUGUACAUUUUGCACAAGAGGAAAGGAACCAAAUGUUACAAAUACGAUCCCAAUUAGUUGAUAUGGUCUUAACAAGGGAAAUGCAAUAUACUUGUGUGUAAGUGAGAAAAGCUGUUGUGAGUGUGACGUUGUGUAUCACUUCUGGUUAACCAACUAAAACAAGUAAAGUCGUCCUCCUUGACUAUUGUAACCCAUGCAAAAGGCUUCCAUCACAAUAUGUUUGUUUAGAUAUCACAGAAUAUAUUCACAUUUAUAUUUUUACAUUGGAUUUUAGUCACAAAAAUAUAGUUGUAUUUAAAAAAAGAAAAAGCCACCCUUGGGUAUGAAUGAUGGUGCUGUGGUAAAUGAAGAAUAAUACUGCUUGAAUUUAUACAAUACUUACUCUAGAUGUACGUAAGAAAAAGUCAUAAAAAAAAUUGCAUGUCACAGGACUAAGUUUCCUUUUCCCUCUCUAGUCUGUGUUGUUGGCUGUUCAGGUUCUCUUUGUGUCCCUACACUUUAACCAGAUGUGUGUGCUGUUCAGUGUAAAAUAGUCCCCUACCAUGCUUUAAAUAACUGUUUUUCAUUGUAUACACUGUGCAAGAUGUGUGCCUUUAUACUCCAAAAUUAUUUAAUUUUAUAUUUUGUAAUCUUUUUUUAAAACAAAGGUAAAAUGUUAUUUUAAUAAUAGGGUGUUUACUUUGACAUGCAUUAUUCCCAACUUUGUUUUCAAACCCCCCCCCCAUUUGUUCAUAUUAUUCAGUCAGUUAAACAAAACCAUUCUAAUGAUUGUGUUUUAACCAACCUAAAAUGUUAGCUGUCUUAAAUUUGAAUAUGGUGGAUCGGUUUGGAUUCUGUAAAUUCAAAUCUAUCGUUGUGAUUAUUCCGUGUGUACAGGCGUCCCCUUUCCUCCUCCUCCUCCUCCUCCUCCUCCUCAGAGUGAGGUGGUGUCUGCUGAUAUUAAUCCCUUGUCCGUUCACGCUGGUCCUGCCUUUUAUAAAGAACGUGCGUGCGUGUGUGCAAGUGCAUUGUGGAAUGUGAUUGUGUUUCGUCGUGCUCGUCCUCGCUAACUGCUCCCCCACCCCACCUCAGGAGUCUAUCAGCAUCUUCAUCACGUUUACCUUCUAACCACAGAUUUCAGGAAUGUGUUUUUUUUUUUUUUAAGUGUCCAAAAUAUCACUCACCGUGUGAUGUACGACCCCUACUCAUUUCUGAACCAGGUUUAUGUUCUUUUGGCGUUUUGUGUAAGCCGCUUGUUAUCAGGGAGGUUCAUCAGCUGAUAGUUCAUCCUGAGUCAGUGGUUAAUUGAUAUUUCAGUGUUCUUUCACUAUUAAUGGGCUGUUUUGUUUCUAUUGUCACGUAGCUCAUACUGUACAUUGGUUGUGUUAUUAAGAAAACAGAGAAUGAGGCAACACAAUCAUCUUCUAGUCUGCUUUGCUCUGUUCGGCCCUGGAGGCUUCCCUGUAGUCAGACAUAAGCAAGUAGAAAACAGAGCAGUGCAUGCUGGGAGAGUGAGUUUUUUUUUCUGUUUUGUUUUGGGAAUAAUAACUCUGGAUCUCAUGUAAAGUAGGCGAUGAUGAUGCCAGACUUUCACAGAUGCAAAUUAAAGACGAUAACACACGCUCUGCUGCUGUUUUUUGAAAUUAAUAAGUCCUUGCUUUUGUGACUUCUCUCAUGAAUGAGCUCCUUCAGCCAUUAACCCCACCCAACAGUCAACCUGCUGCCACGUUAACUUGCCAAAAGCAUCUUUCAGCAGUCAGAACUACCCCCACAUGAGCUUGAAGAACAUUGUGUAAUAGUGUAAUGUGUCUGUUUGUUUGAACUGAAUUUGUUUUUUUACAUGCACUGGGAGAUGGAGCGAGGUGUGCAUCGCUGAUAUGUGAAUAUGUCCAAAGUUAUGAGAAACAACCCUGUGUUCAUGUGGUUUAUCAAGUGUUAAGGGAAAAUUUGAUUACAAAUGCAAACGACCAGAGGCCAGGCAAGAUCAGCAGAGAUGGAAAACACCUCCUUUGGCCUUAAAAUUUAAAAUCAAGAAAUCUUUGUCGAAAAAAAAAAAAAACUAAUUUUGAAAGUUAUUGAAUUCUUUUAAUUUGAAUGCACACACCAGGCCAUGAAAUAUGCCCUCUUGCAAUUGAGCUUUGGUCUCACAAAAGUCCUGAGUACUUUUAGACUACACCUAAAAUACUCUCUCUCUGUGUGUGUGUGUGUGUGUGUGUGUGUGUGUGUGUGUGUGUGUGUGUGUGUGUGUGUGUGUGUGUGUGUGUGUGUGUGUGUGUGUGUGUGUGUGUGUGUGUGUGUGUGUGUGUGUGUGUGGUGUUGUCUAGUUGGUGAGAGUUCCCUUUCAGUGGCAGAGAGGCCAAAAUGAUGAUGUAUGUUUAUUGUUCUUCACAUUUAAUGAUGAUGAUAAUAAUAAUACACUCCAUUCCAUAAGUGUUCACUCAAACCAAUUAAAGCACUUGUUCUGCUUAACUCAAAGUC